AGACGUGAACUCCCGACAGAAAAGCAACUCGAUUAAAGCAGACGUAAUGAAACAUUAAAUACAUGACAUUCAUCGGGCGCAUGCGCGGUCGAAUGCUCUGGAAAAGAUCAAAAAGCCGUCGCGAUGCCGUGUAGAAGUCGAGUCGCACUCGUGUGUGCCGUCUCUUUGACUCUGUUUCGGCAAACCGACGCGCGUCUGCCUGAAUACCAGCAGGACGAACUUAUUUUGCCGGGUCAUAUCCGAUUCGAACACGUGGUGAAUCCACUGCCACACACGUACAUAUCAUUGAGCGACUUGCCUCAAGCUUUCUCGUGGGGGAAUGUCGGUGGAAAGUCGUAUCUCAGCAAAUCUUUGAACCAACACAUUCCUCAAUAUUGUGGAAGCUGCUGGGCACACUCGGCUAUGUCCUCUCUGGCGGACCGCAUUUUAAUUGCGCAAAGUCAACUCGAGGACGAUAUCACCCCCGACGAGUUCAACCUAUCUAUUCAGUUUCUUUUGAACUGCGCAGGAGAAGUUGCAGGAUCUUGCCAUGGUGGCUCAACAACCGGAGUCUUUCAGUUCAUUCAAGAUUUUGGCUACAUUCCGUACGACACCUGCCAACCGUACCUUGCCUGUUCGACUGAUUCUGAAGAGGGCUUUUGCCCCCACGUGGAUACGACUUGUGCUCCGGAAACCAUUUGUCGAACGUGUUCGCCAAACGGAACCUGUCGCGCCGUAUCAACCUUUCCCAACGCUACGGUUGCUGAAUACGGGCGUAUUCAAUAUGAUACCUCGGCGAUUAUGGCCGAAAUUUACGCAAGGGGUCCUGUCAAGGCAUCGGUCUAUGCCAAACCCAUAUACAAUUAUUCUGGUGGAGUGCUCUGGGAUGCCCCGGAGUACCAGGCCGACAAGCACAACCAUGGCGUAAGUAUAAUAGGUUGGGGAUAUGAUGAUGAGAUGGAUAGGCAGUACUGGAUUGUCCGCAAUUCCUGGGGUCAAUAUUGGGGUGAAAUGGGUUUCUUUCGGCUUGAACUUGGAAAAAAUCUUCUCAUGAUCGAAUCAAACAUUGCUUGGGCUACGCCAGGAAUGUUUUCCAUUUUUGAUUCCAAAUGUCAAGGAGGCAGCGACUAUUUGAAGUCCUUUACGUACAAGGAUCCCUCCAAGGACAUGGCUUUGUUGCAGCGAAGAAGUAGUGGCUCAACAUAAGGUCGUGGUUGUUGGAUUUGUUGGCAUUCGAAGACAACCUCUUUGCUCCGACGAAUUCGUUGUUUAAUGUAAGAUCGAACUUGUUGCCUUUGUGGGCAUUCGAAGGGUACCUCUGUGCUGACACUAUAUGGGAGGAUGCAACCAUACUGAUGUUAGCUCAAGCUCCGGAGCGGAACUAGCCAACCUCUGUCACAAUUAAGCAUCGACAAUCUUUAAAUCGAAUUUAAAACUUG